AUGCCCCCAGCCCGCCCUCGGCCCCGGGCGGGGCUUCCCCGUCCCCGUCCCCGUCCCCGGCCGUCCUGCCGCGGUCUCUCCUCCGCCCGGCUCUGGCUGUACUGGCAGUGGCGCUGCUGGGCGGGGAUCAGUGCCUGCGCGGCCGCUGGCCCCGAGCCGCCGCUGUCGCGUUCCAAAGAGCGAACGCCAGGGGCUGCCCGGCCCGGGACGGCUGAGGGGCGCUCGGGGCCCGUGUCUGGCCCCGGGCCGAGCGCUGACAGCCGCGUCUCGCCGGCAGGGAAGGUGGAGCACGGCAUUAAGGAGCGCUACCAGCUCGGUUCGCUGCCGGGGCGCGGCGGCUUCGGCAGCGUCUGGGCGGCGACGCGGCUCUCGGACGGCGCCCCGGUGGCCAUCAAAAGGGUGCCACGGAACCGCGUCCGACACUGGGGUGAGCUGCCCGACGGCACCAGCGCACCAAUGGAGAUCGUGCUCCUGGACAAGGUGUCCACUGGCUUCCCUGGUGUUGUCCAGCUGCUGGAGUGGCUUGAGCUCCCCAGCGACAUCCUGAUGGUGCUGGAGCGCCCGGAGCGGUGUCAGGACCUCUGUCAUUUCAUUCGGGCACGGGGGUUCCUGUCCGAGGAGGUGGCGCGGCAGCUGUUCCGCCAGGUGCUGGAGGCCGUGCAGCACUGCACCAGCUGCGGAGUCCUGCACAGGGACGUCAAACCGGAGAACAUCCUCGUUGACCUGGCCAGCGGGCAGGCAAAACUGAUUGAUUUUGGCUGUGGCACCUACCUGCAGGACACAGCCUACACUCACUUUGCAGGAACACGGUCCUACAGCCCCCCGGAAUGGACCCGCUUUGGCUGGUACUAUGGCAAGCCAGCUACCAUCUGGUCCCUGGGCAUCCUGCUGCACCAGAUGGUCUGUGGGAAGCACCCUUUCAGGAGGGGCCGGAACAUCAGCUGGAACCAUCAGCUCUCACUGCCACAACGGCUCUCUCAAGGAAGUGUUCCAGGUGGGGUCCAGUGUGGAUCAGGAGGUGCUUGGGACCAGCUGCGGUGUGGACGGGCCGUGCGCUUGGAGAAGGCUGAGGACAUCGUUUGGGACCAGCUUUUCUGCCAGCAGCGAUGGCAUGAGGCACUGCUGACCUAG